AUCCACCAGUUUUUUGUUUUUUUUUAUUUUGUUUGUUUAGCUUUUCUUUUUAGUUCAAAUUGAAAUUAUUUUCUUUAACAAGAUCUUUUUCUUUAUGAUGAAAUUCUCACUCUUUACUCUGGCCACUCUGUUACUGGCCACGGCUGAAGCUGGCCAGGUGACCUUCAAUGUCAUUUCACCGGGCGCUACAACAGUCCAAGUCAAAGUCAAUGGCAAAACAACCUCCUUGGAAGCGCCUUACAACAAUGUACCUUUCUACACGGGUAAAGUCGAUGUCGGUUCAGAGACUUCUUAUCGAUACAUUGCGGAUGAUAAAGCAGAAGAAUUCACGCGUCAGUUGACGUCUGGCAAAGAAGAGACGUACAACGAGUUUUUUGGACGCCCUGUCACUUAUGCUCAAUUGCCUAAACUUCCUCGUCCCUUGGAUAACGGAAAGCAAUGGAGGCGCGAUGACAAGAACGUCGACCUGUUUGAUUCCAAUUACAUUCCUUCCAUCUUUGUCAACGGACAGUCUCGAGAUAUUCCCAAAAUGAUUAGAAAUGUGUCGAAAAAGAAGUUCCCCGUGGAUCUCACGUUCAUUGGUAAAGAUUGGGUCAAGACGUUCCAUAAUGUGACCUGGGGUAUCAGUGGUGCAGGCAAGUCUCAGAAUCCUGCCAAACAAUCCUGGCGUUGGCAAUUAUCGCCUGGUGACACUUUCCAGGCUCGCACUCAAUUCAAGAUCCGUAACAUGGAAGAAGAUCCCACACAAAUCCGUGAAAAACUUUAUGCCGACAUUCUUCACGCCAUGGGAACGUAUGCCAACCGAGCCAACAUGGUACGUUAUUAUAUCAAUGGAGAAGGAUAUGGCACCUUUAAUCUACUCGAUGAUGUCAAGGACUAUUCUUAUAUCAGCGCCAUGUUUUACAACGGCCAUCCUCCUGCUGAGAUGGGUCCUUUGUUCGAUGGCUCCACCGGUGCCAGCUUUGAAUGUCUCAACGACCCUUAUGAUUAUGGUUCUUGGAAGCCUGCCAAAGGUUCACCUCAAGGCUCAGACGCGAUUCAUCAAAUCACCACCGCUCUCCAACAACUUCAUGUUGAGGAUGCCUCCGCCAUCCAACGUUUCCAACGGAUGUUUGAUGUCGACCAAUUCCUCCGUUUCAUGGUCGUUGAAUACCUCACCGCCGAUUGGGACGGUUACUGGCAAAUGCAAACCAACGAUGGCGCUUACAGAGAUGACGCUCACAACGGCACAUGGUACUAUAUCGGCCAAGAUUUCGACGGUACCUUUGGCGUCAACUUGGCGGUCGAUGUGCUCAAUUGGUCUUACAAGGACUAUCCCAAAAAGUUCCCUCGUGCCGUCAUGAUCAACAAGCUCUUGGAGAACCCUGAUAUCACUCACACCUUUGAAACCUAUUUAAAAGACACUGUACAGCAACUUUUCAACAAUCAUACCCUCGGUCCCUACAUCACAGCCUACCAUGACUUUAUUGCCCCCGACCUUCAAUGGGACCGCUCGAUUCAACAAAGAUCGCCUGGUAUCAAUUACGGUUGGACUUUUGAUCAGACCUAUGACAAUUUGUUUGAGGAAGUCGUCGCUCCUAAUAAGAAUGGUGGUGGUGCUGCUUAUGGUCUUACGGAAUGGAUUGAUAAAAAGUCCAAGGUGGCUGCCAAAGAUCUCCACUUUUCUUUAUAAUUCCCCUUUAUUUAAUUUACUCACUGUACACUGUGCGCGCCCUCACAUUGCUAGUUUGUUUAAUUAUAUCAUGACUAUCGAAUACCCCCUCCCCUUCUUUUAUUGUUGUUGUUCUUUUUGGGUUCCUCUCUUUUAUUAUUUCUGAUUUUAGAAAAAAAAAUAAAACCUUUAACCUAUUGUUGUUUUUUAUCUCGAAAAGGGGACUUGUUCUUUUUUUUUUUUUUGAACGAACCGGAACCUAUU